AUGGAAAAGUUGGAGAAGUUUUUUGAAGCUGCAAGAGGACGACCGGUGCAGAAUGUGUUCAAAGCUACCACUGUCGGUGGUUUCCGCGAUAGUGCAAUUCUAACAUUGAUGGGAGUUUUCAUUGGAGCAGCUUGCUGGUCAUUCAUUGCAUCAGUCUCGGAUGGGUCAUAUUAUGCCUUUGGAUUUCUCCUCUUUAUAAUUCUCUAUCCUCUCAGUGUCCUACGGGCCAUGAAACCAAAGUUCUUUGGAACAACGGUCAUUGCGUCUCUCAUGGUCUUUCAAGCAGUCUAUUACACAUAUGUGAAUGGGGGCAAAUUUGAUGAGAACAACCAGACCCAAUUGCUUCAUACGAUGGCAUCAUAUGCUAUUGGGGUGGCCAUUUGUUGGUUUGUCAAUGCCUUCAUCUUCCCCGAGUUUGCUGAUGUGGAACUCAAAACGCUGAUGGGGAAGGCUUUGGCUUCAUCGUCACUUUUAUUGCAUCUCGUCACGCGGACAUAUCUGCUUGAAGCGACAGAUGAAGAAAAUGCUCAAAGAGAGAAGGAGAAUGCUUCUUUGAGAGCAACGCUAGGUCAAAUAGCAGCAAAGAUGGUGGACGCGGAUGCUGAAUUCUUCAAAUCCGAGCUUGAUAUUGACGACUACAACCAAAUUCAAAUCCAUUUGAAAAUAGUUGGUCAGCAUUUGGCCGCAAUCAACGCAUCUCUCUCUAGUAGUUUGGCUUCUAUCACUGGGUCGGACGAAUACAGUGCUAUCUUUGCACGGCCACUAUCGCAAUACAUGAAUGGCGUUUCCUCUAGUGUGGGAAACGUCUUAGACGAAGUUCGAUGUAGAUUGCUCGGCUGCGGGAAUACCAACGCAGAGCAACGACGAGAGUCUUCCGCAGGCCUUCACAGGAAGGGCAGUGUAUUUUCAUUGAAAUCUAUCGAAACUCGAAACAUGCCGACAGAAGAGUCAGCCGUUGAUGUUUUAGAUCAGUGGUAUAAUACGUUUGAGAAUGAAUUCCAAGUCAUGCACGAGCUCUUUGAUGCUUCAGUCAAGCAUGAAGCUUCACCGCAGUGGGAAUCAUUGCUCGAAGUCAAUUUUUUCAUAUUUGGUCUUCAGGCAAUCGUUGACGAAUCGAAAGCUUUGAGUAAAUUCAUGUCAAGGCCCAGAGUCAAGAAAUGGCAUUUCCGCGUCGCACACUAUGUACCAAGCUUUCUGAAAUGGAUGCUACCUCGUAAGGCUGCAGCCCCGAAAGAGUCGCAAAAGAUAUCGAUCGAUGACCAGCGAGGUGACGAUCAGGAGACAUCAGUGUUGAAACACUCGCCCAGUAUUCUAAAGCCGAAGCCGCCACCCAUUACGUUACGUAAACGAAUCGUGCUGUUUCUGAGAUUCUUUUCUAGUCCUCCAUCAAUCUAUGCUCUCAAGGGUUCGACGGCUGUUCUUAUUCUUGCAAUAGUCUUAUUCAAUCAAGCUUCAUUCUUUAUACAAUUCACCUUGAAUACUGCAGUUAUCACGCUGCUCGUCAUGAUUAGUCCAUCUCUCGGACAAACGUACUUGUCCUUCUUUACGAAUCUAUGCGGCAAGUACUUCGCGUUUCCGUACUGUUUCGAUAUACUGACCUCCUUUCCGAUACCAGGGACCUGCUUUGGGGCACUGUGGGCUUUCGUUACCCUUGUAGCCUGGAGGAAUGACAGCGAAAAUGUCUACAAUGCUUACGGACAAGCCUUCUUUGUUUUUAUCUUUGCCAUUCCGUUUGUUUAUAUAUACCAGAGCGUACUACCUCCGCUUGGGAUUCUUAGCUUGCUGUCUUAUAGCUCAUCUCUCACUCUCUCGUAUAUGUACCGUCACGGUGGUCCUAAUAAUGUGCCUUAUGAUCGACCUGAAAUUCGAUUGUAUAAGCAACUAGCAGCAACGACGAUGGGUGUGACAUUUGUGCUACUUUUCCAGGUGGUAGUCUAUCCAAAUCUUGCUAGGCGAUUGCUUAGAGAAGAGAUUGCAAAUAUCAUUGCACUGAUUGACGAAUAUUACGUGUCACUGGUGUCCUUGACAUACUACAUACUCCCUGCAAAAGGAAAAUCGCCAAAAGAUAAACUUUUGCGUGACGAGACAGUUGAAACCAUGUCACGGAUACAGCUUGCAUUACCCAGCAAGUUUGCACAAAUAAAUCAACUCCUGAGUUUUGCCAAGGUUGAGCCUAGAUUAGAAGCCAAAUUUGAAGCAGAACAAUAUCAAGCUAUUAUCUCAGCUUUGCAAGUGAUUGCCGAUCGACUCCUUUCUGGCAGAACGGCAGUCGGAUCUGUUCCGUUUAUAAUCAUGGAACACCAGUCACAAGACGUCAUGCGAGCUAGACAUGAUUUACAGGCCACAGUUCGGUUGCUGUUUUUCAUACAUGCCUCCUCGUUGACAUACAAGAAUCCCCUUCCUCCUCAUCUUCCCUCUGCUGUCAAGGCUAGACAUGCUCUGUUUAAGGUCUUUGUCGCCCAAGCUGUUGGAAAAGAGCGAGUGGAAGUUAGAAGGAGUCGAGAUUUUAUUCGGUACUUGGCUGGACAUGUUUCUGAACUUCGGAUAUUUGCUAACUGGAUUUUGGCACGCAUAGCUUCUACUCGUGGGCACUUGCGCUUCGGUAAAAACUCGUCGGUGGCUCAAGAGGUAGACAGACUUGGGAAACUGUUUAAACAGUUGUUUGGAGAAGCAAUUGACCCGGUCGAUGCGGCUUAUCACCAUGAACCUGAUGAUGAAGAGGAAGAAGAAUGGAAUGAUGAAGCAGAAGAGAUUGCUCAAACCCUUUCUGUCAUUCAUGGUGAUGAGAGCGGAUCCUCUAGUGCAGCAACGUUGCCUCCGCAGUAUUCGCAGCGGCGAUAG